AUGGUGACGGAGGUAAUAGGAGAGAGCAGGUGGGGCACAUGGCUUGAGCUUCUCUUGGCUGGGGCCGUAAUCAGAUACGGCACCCGUGAUUGGAACCUCGUCGCCGCCGAGCUCCGAGCCCGAACCGUUUGUAAAGCCAAAUAUGAGGAUUUACAAAAGCGUUACUCUGGAUGCAAUGCGUGGUUUGAGGAACUACGAAAGAAACGAGUGGAAGAGUUACGGAAAGCUCUAAAGCAAUCUGAGAAUUCAAUAGGGUCUUUAGAAUCAAAACUUGAAUUUCUCAAAACUGAGAAAGGAGAAGGUGGUGGCAUCAACAAUGGCUCCGGCCAAACAGUAUCACCUGUACCUUCUAAAAAAUCAGAGGAACGUUACCCUUUUGGUAAAGAGGUUUCUAAGGAUGAGCCAUCCGCCGGCAGUUUCACAUAUGAAGCCUUAACAAGCUGCUCACCGGAAUGCCAGAUACCAGCUACUGUGUCAGCUGAAGACACAGAGACUAGACGAGAAGUUCCACAAUCAUCCAAGUAUGAGAAAAUCUCAAUAGGGGCUUUUUAUGGUGGACUUGGAGGGACUCUAAGAAAGAGAAGGGGCAAGAGGAAGAGGAAAGAUUGUAGUAGGGAUGUGAAGGAGGCGAGUGUUGGGGAAAGUGGAUUUUUGGAUUCAAUUGAUGCUGUAACUGCCGUGCCGUGCACCGAACGUUCUACCAGCGAGUGUCGUGAGGAUUUGGGAUCUUCUGGUGCAAUUGAUUGGAGCAGAGGUGUGACCAAGGAUGGAACUAACAAUGUACUAGAUGUUUUCCAUAAAAUUUUGGAACAUAAAAGUGCUUCUGUAUUUCGGCAUCGACUUGAUAGCCAGAAGAGAAGAAGGUAUAAGAGAAUGAUCCGUAGGCACAUGGAUUUUGACACAAUAGGAUCACGAAUUGCAAACCACUCUGUCAAGUCAGUUAAGGAGCUGUUUCGAGAUCUGUUGCUGCUCGCCAACAAUGCCCUAGUGUUUUACUCCAAGAGUACACGCGAAUACAAAUCGGCUUUGCUUCUCAGGGACCUCAUUACCAAAACAUUGCGGCAGUAUCUGAAGGAUUCAUUCAGCAAGGCUACCUCUGCUAACCUAUCUUCCAAUACAAUAGCUCGUAAUCCGCCAGUUAAACCUAGAAGUGCUCGCCCUGGUAACCGAAAGCUGUCGAGAAAAGCUACCAAUGCCGGGAAGGCUGCUGCUAAGUCUUCAAACAGAAGUAGGAAAGCUGUACAAAACAUUCCUGUUUCAGAUAUUAGGACUACAAUUGUAAAAUGGACAACAACAGUCAAGAGAAAUUAA